AUGGCUAACAGCAUCGGAAUGUCUUCAAAUUUACGGCGAAUGGUUGCAACGAUGACAUGCCAAAUUCGAGAGGAAUCGAGCAAAGCGACAGGACCAACAAGUCCGAUGGCACCGGCUGAGAAGGGGACCAGGCCAAAGGGAAUCUGGGGAAUAUUGGGCUCACCGUGGCAAGACCCUUUGCCGAAAGGCGAAAUGGCUGUAACACGUUUGGAUGAUCUAAAUAAUAUGAUCCAUCGAUCCUCACUUUGGCCAAUGACUUUUGGAUUAGCCUGCUGUGCUGUUGAAAUGAUGCAUUUCGCUGCUCCGCGUUAUGAUAUGGAUCGUUUUGGUGUCGUUUUUCGUGCAUCUCCUAGACAAUCAGAUCUUAUGAUUGUCGCUGGAACAGUAACUAAUAAAAUGGCUCCGGCAGUUCGACGAGUUUAUGACCAGAUGCCUGAGCCGAAAUGGGUAAUCAGUAUGGGUUCAUGUGCAAAUGGUGGUGGUUAUUAUCAUUAUUCAUAUUCAGUGUUGAAAGGUGUUGAUCGGAUUAUUCCUGUGGAUAUAUACGUUCCGGGAUGUCCACCAUCAGCAGAGGCAUUGCUAUACGGCGUGUUACAAUUGCAAAAAAAAAUUAAGCGAAAACGAGAGAGUUUGAUGUGGCAUAGAAGAUAG